CUGGCACCUGCGAGCCCGCCCUCCCCGGCGCGUCAUCAGGCGUCCGGUCUCCUAGCAACGACGCCUCGAACCGCUCUUUACAUCCGUCCGCACCGCUAUCUACCUACAAUCCCCCUGGCCUGUCCAAGCUGCUCUACUUCUCUUGGUUCCAAUCGCUCCGCAAGCCAGCAACUUUUAGAUCAUGCCUGGAGCUAAACUUGCCCAGAAUCCAGAGGAAGUCAGUGGCAUGUGCAUUACUGAAGCCCUCAUCACUAGGCGGAACUUGGCCUUCCCAGAGGAUGAGGAUCUGUCAGAGAAGAUGUUCCACACGCUUGCUGAACUGCAGACUGUUCGCCUGGACCGGGAAGGAAUCACCACUAUCAGGAACUUAGAGGGCCUCCAGAAUCUUCACAGCCUCUAUCUGCAAGGGAACAAGAUUCAGCGAAUUGAGAACCUGGCCUGCGUCCCCUCUUUACGCUUCCUGUCUCUGGCAGGAAACCAAAUUAGGCAAGUGGAAAACCUCCGUGACCUCCCACACCUCCAGUUUCUGGACCUUUCUGAGAACCUGAUAGAAACACUGAAGCUGGAUGAAUUCCCCGAGAGCCUUCUCAUCCUCAACCUGGCUGGAAACAGCUGCACCAACCAGGAUGGCUACAGGAAGCUGUUGACAGAAGCCCUGCCACUGCUCCUAGACCUGGACGGGCAGCCUGUGGCAGAACGCUGGACCUCGGACGAGGAGGACGCAGCCUUGAGUGAUGAGGAUGAGGAGUUCCCAGAGCUGAGAGGCCCAUUCUGCUCAGAACGAGGGGUGGUAGGGGAGAGUUCGCUUUUGCCAAGCCCGGGGCUCUAUCCGCCGCCCACCAUCCCGCCCCUCACAGGCUUCCUCAAGGAGCUGGAGCAGGAAAUGAGCAGGCUCCGGGAGCACAGGCAGCAGACAGCCCUGCUGGAGCACCAGCUGAGGGUGGAGACGCGGCCCGCCCUCACAGACCUCCCCCCGCUGCCAGGGGUACCCAUGGCUGGGGAUAGCAGCCCUUCCGUCACCCCCAUGCAAGAGAAAGAAACAUCCCCAGAGCCUGCUUCCCUGCCACAGGCCUCCUCUACCACCAAGAAACUGUGCCCUCUGGCUCCCAGGAGCCAGCAAAGCACUCUGCAGGCAAGGAAAGAGGCCAGAGCGGCCGCAGCCCCCAAAGCCUCUCUGGCCGGGGCCCCCGGCACAACCAAAACUGUGACCAAAAGAAUCAAGAAGUGAAAUGCAGCCCAUGGCUAUCAGCGAAGCCCCAGGCACACGGAGGAAC